GAAUCGGUCUAAAACUUGGUCAACAAGCCGCCAGAGUGAUCCGCUUCUUCAGCCCGGGACUCGCUCUUCUCUUUCUACGGUUGGAUUAUCGGUUCAUUGUUACACAACCCGGUCCAGCCCGCCACAGCCGGUGUGUGUGGAGUGUUCGAGUCGGUGAGAGUUCACAGAGUGAGUGUUUUUGUUGGUUUUGGUCGGUGAAUCGUUCAGACAGUGAACGGCUCAUUUCCAUGUGGGCAGAUUAUCACCGAUUCUAACAAAAGACCCGCGCCGCUCCGCACGCGUUCCGCUCGGUGUUGGUCCGCCGUUUCCCGCUCAGCUCUCCGGUUAAAGUUAGAGCGGGCUCACUUCGGCUAGUUUAGGCGGAGUUUGUGUGUUCGGUUCGGUGUUUGUGACCCGGUUUCCCUCCUUUUUUCCCUCCAGAACCGCCGCCGGUGGACGGAGAGAUGCCGCUCCUCCACAGGAGAGCCUUCAUCAGGCAGAAACCUCCGGCGGACCUGCGGCCGGACGAGGAGGUCUUCCUCUGUAAGAUCACCCACGAGAUCUUCAGGACCUACGAGUGAGUACCUGAGAGAGAGCCCCCACCCGAGAGAGAGAGAGAGAGAGGGAGAGAGAGCCCACCUGAGAGUCCGGGCCCCCCCCCCCCUCCUGACUGACAGUUGGCCGGUUGGCAAACUUCCAGAAACCCAAACAAACUUCACCAUCAGAGAGAAAAUAAAGUUAAUUUAAGAGUUUAGACUUAGUUUAAUCUCCACCCCCCCACAGGUGUGAGCCCGGAGAGCUCGAGGACAGGUGACCUGUUAGCUGAAGUUAGCUAACUGACGAAGCUAAAGGGAGUUAGCAGCUGUUAGCAGAGGAAGCUAACUCCAGCUGUCAGUCAGCGGUUAGCUACUUUAGCUGUUAGCUCACGGUCACUUAAAGGGACCGCACACCUCUGUGACGUAGGCCAGGUGAUGUUAGGGGGAGGGGUCAGCUGAGUUUGACGUCACACAGGUGAAUAUUGAUGUUUGUUUAUCCUGAUCAGCUGAUUGGAGAGAAUGAAACUCACCUGAGUUUAUAAUAACCACCCACUGACCCUGACCUGAGCAGGUGAGCAGGUGACACCUCCACUGAGGUCAGAUCAUCCUAAUCAAUACAGAUGAUCAAUAACCCUCCUGAGUUUGAUUUAAAGCUGUUUGUUGUCAUUUAAACACUUUUAAUUAAAAUAAAUAUAGUUAAGGAGAUUUUAGUGACAGGAGGUCAGUGCAGACCUGAACCCUGAUCAGACCAGAGUAUUGAUCAGGACCUGAUCAGCUCUGUGCUGACAUUGACUCUAUUAUUAUUUAUUAUCAUUAUAAAGCAGCGUUAGCGUAGAUCUCCGUUCACAUAGAGUCGAUUUUAUAGAUUUGUGUCAAAGUUUAAAACUCUUCAAACUUUAAUCGAUAAAUAAUUGAUAAAAACAAAAUAAUUGAUUGAAAACGACAACAACAACAACAACAACAACAACAAAACGAGGGUCUGUUACUGUGGUCCUGAAACUGCAGCUCUGCAGAGACAAACACCAAUCAGCCCCUCCUCUAAAAACAUGUUUGUAUCCUCAGCUGUCUCCUCUGUCCUCAGCUGCCUCCUUGUCUCCUCUGUCCUCAGUGAGUUCUUCGAGCGGACCAUCCUCUGUAACAGUCUGGUGUGGAGCUGCGCUCUGACGGGUCGAGCGGGCCUGACCUACCUGGAGGCGGUGGAGAGCGAACGGCGAGCCAAACAGAGCCUGCAGAGCUUCCCUCCGUCCCUAUUGGUUCCUCUGCUCCACCUCGCCGCGCUGAGCCGCCGCUGCAGACUGACGGAGCUCUGCGAGGACAUUUACACCUUCGUCAAAGACCGCUACUUCCCAGGAGAGACCGUGGACGUGACGGGACACAACGGAGCCAGGUACUGACGGGUCAGCUGACCGACAGAGUGGAGGAGGGACGAGAGAGAGAGAGAGAGAGAGAGAGAGAGAGGGAGAGAGGGAGAGAGGGAGAGAGAGAGAGAGAGAGAGAGAGAGAGAGAGAGAGAGAGAGAGAGAGAGAGAGAGAGAGAGAGAGAGAGAGAGAGAGAGAGAGAGAGAGAGAGAGAGAGAGAGAGAGAGAGAGAGAGAGAGAGAGAGAGAGAGAGAGAGAGAGAGAGAGAGAGAGAGAGAGAGAGAGAGAGAGAGAGAGAGAGAGAGAGACAGAGACAGAGAGACAGAGAGAGAGAGAGACAGAGACAGAGACAGAGAGAGAGAGAGAGAGAGAAUCUUAUCAGACCUGAACAGCUGAUCCAGGAGUGUGAUUACAGCUUUAACAUACUGUGUGUGUGUGUGUGUGUGUGUGUGUGUGUGUGUGUGUGUGUGUUGCAGACAUGUGUGUGAGAUCCUGCAGGUGCACUCUCCUCAUUCCAGCGCCAACGGAACGCCGGCUGCCGCCAACGGUCACACCAAACCAGCUGAGAGCGACACCAUCGUCAUCAGCGACAGUGACGAGGAGAGCAAAGACUUCCAGAGUCCCAC